GUGGACUCCAAGGCGAAACGAGACCAUCGCCCCCUCUUCCUCUCUCUCUCUCUCUCUCGUCGGAGUUAGAUGCGCGUGAGCUCGUAGGAGAGCCGGAGCGGGAACUACCUGGUGAGACUCCGGCGGCGGCGAUGGCGUCCAUCUCCGGCGCAGCGGCGCCGCCGUCGUCGGCGGCGUGCAGGCUCCGGCUGCGGCGGCAGCUCCUCCUCCGCCCUUCCCACCUCCGCCUCCGGGCGCCCCACUCCAUCGCGGACCUCUCCCGCUCGUCCUCGUCGCAGCAGCCUUCCCCUACUCCGGCUUCGCCGCUCGCAUCCAAGCCUGGGCAGAACGGCGGCCACGCCCGGGCCGCCGUGGAGAAGGACCCGAUCAAACUGUGGGAGCGGUACGUGGAGUGGCUGUACCAGCACAAGGAGCUCGGCCUGUUCGUGGACGUGAGCCGGAUGGGGUUCACGGAGGAGUUCCUGCAUCGGAUGGAGCCGCGGAUGCAGCAGGCCUUCACGGCGAUGCGGGAGCUCGAGAAGGGCGCCAUCGCCAACCCUGACGAGGGGCGCAUGGUUGGCCACUACUGGCUCCGCGACCCCGGCCUCGCCCCCAACUCCUUCCUCCGCACCAAGAUCGAGACCACCCUCGACCGCAUCCUCGCCUUCUCCCACGACAUAAUCUCCGGCAAGAUUAGGCCCCCGUCAUCUCCAGCUGGACGUUUUACCCAAGUACUCUCAAUAGGAAUUGGAGGAUCAGCUUUGGGGCCUCAAUUUGUUUCUGAGGCACUUGCACCUGACAACCCCCCACUGAAGAUAAGAUUUAUUGACAACACUGAUCCUGCUGGAAUCGACCAUCAAAUUGCUCAACUAGGACCGGAGCUUGCAUCUACUCUUGUAAUUGUAAUUUCUAAGAGUGGAGGCACACCUGAAACCCGGAAUGGUCUGCUAGAAGUACAAAAGGCCUUUCGGGAUGCUGGUCUAGAAUUCUCGAAACAGGGUGUUGCAAUUACUCAAGAAAAUUCUUUAUUAGACAAUACUGCCAGGAUAGAGGGAUGGUUAGCUAGAUUUCCCAUGUUUGACUGGGUUGGUGGAAGGACAUCAGAAAUGUCAGCUGUGGGUUUGCUUCCAGCUGCUUUGCAGGGUAUUGAUAUCAAAGAAAUGUUAGUUGGCGCGGCACUAAUGGACGAGGAAACCAGGAAUACUGUGGUUAAGGAAAAUCCAGCAGCCUUACUUGCAUUGUGCUGGUAUUGGGCAUCAGAAGGAAUAGGAAAUAAGGAUAUGGUUGUACUGCCUUACAAGGAUAGUUUGCUACUUUUGAGUAGAUAUUUGCAACAACUUGUUAUGGAAUCUCUUGGCAAAGAAUUUGACCUUGAUGGCAAUCGGGUUAAUCAAGGGCUAACAGUGUAUGGCAACAAAGGAAGCACAGAUCAGCAUGCCUACAUUCAGCAGCUGAGAGAAGGUGUACACAACUUCUUCGUUACUUUUAUCGAGGUUUUGCGUGACAGGCCUCCUGGUCAUGACUGGGAGCUUGAACCUGGAGUUACAUGUGGUGACUAUUUGUUCGGGAUGUUACAGGGGACCCGUUCUGCUCUCUAUGCUAAUGAGCGAGAAUCCAUCUCUGUUACUGUCCAAGAGGUUACUCCUAGGGCUGUUGGAGCACUGGUUGCACUCUAUGAACGUGCUGUGGGGAUAUAUGCUUCUCUAAUAAAUAUCAAUGCCUAUCAUCAGCCUGGUGUUGAGGCUGGGAAAAAGGCAGCAGGAGAAGUAUUGGCACUUCAGAAGAGGGUGCUGACUGUUCUGAAUGAGGCCAGCUGCAAGGAUCCCGCUGAGCCGUUGACGCUGGAUCAAAUAGCAGAGCGCUGCCAUUGCCCUGAAGAUAUUGAGAUGAUCUACAAAAUAAUUCAGCACAUGGCAGCCAAUGAUAGAGCGCUCAUAGCAGAAGGCAGCUGUGGUUCUCCUCGAAGCAUCAAGGUUUACCUCGGAGAAUGCAAUGUAGACGAGGAUAUGCUUGCUGCUUAGAGUUUCCGGUCUGGAUCUGUGUAAAAUUGGGUGGGCUUUGGAAUAAAAGGAACGAUACCGAUGGCUGGGCCAUGCAUUGUUCCAAUGAGCAAUUAGUUUUUUUUUAAUCGGUUGCAGAUGGCAUGACUGCCGCAACAUUGUACUUUUAGAGUAUAGAUUUUAUGUUGAAUUGCAGACAAAUAGCAGCGGGACGAACGUGUACCCCGCAUGAAUUACUUUGUUCCAAUUAAUGACUAUGUCAUCCCUUAUACUUUUUUGA